UUUAAAUCACAUUCCUGCACAUGCCCUGUACCUUUUGCGCGACAUCCCCUGCCUCUUCCUCCUCCCCAUCCCCCCAGCCGCAUCUCCGAUCUGAUUCCAGCCGGCACCUCCGCAUCCUCCUCCAGCGACCGCCACUCCCCGAGAGCCUAGGCGGGGGCGCCGCCGCGAAGAUGAUCGGCAGGCAGCUCCUGCUGACCUACCUCUACCUACUGAUCUACGUCUGCCUCUCGUCGGGAGUCAUCCUGUUCAACAAAUGGGUCCUAUCUCCAAAGUACUUCAAAUUUCCCUUUCCUAUUACUCUUACAAUGAUUCACAUGGCAUUUUCUGGAAUCGUGACAUUCUUCCUGGUCCGAGUUUUUAAGGUUGUUGCACCCGUUAAGAUGACUUUCCAUAUAUAUGCCACAUGUGUAAUUCCAAUUAGUGCCUUCUUCGCAUCAAGUCUGUGGUUUGGCAACACGGCAUACUUGUAUAUUUCUGUGGCCUUCAUUCAGAUGCUCAAGGCCUUGAUGCCUGUAGCAACAUUUAUAAUGGCUGUUAUAUGCGGUACCGACAAAUUAAGAUGGGACCUCUUCUUGAACAUGGUGUUGGUCAGUGUUGGUGUUGUAGUUUCAUCAUAUGGCGAGAUUCACUUUAAUGUGAUUGGAACAUUAUACCAAGUAACUGGCAUUUUUGCGGAAGCCCUCAGGCUGGUCCUAACACAGGUCCUUCUCCAAAAGAAGGGCUUAACCCUGAAUCCUAUCACAAGCCUGUAUUACAUAGCCCCUUGCAGUUUCAUCUUCCUGUUUAUUCCAUGGUAUUUGCUGGAAAAGCCAGAAAUGGAUGUGUCUCAAAUUCAGUUCAACUAUUCAAUAUUUUUUCUGAAUGCACUUUCUGCAUUCGCAUUGAAUAUAUCCAUAUUCCUAGUUAUUGGAAGAACUGGAGCUGUUACCAUUCGAGUUGCUGGAGUUCUGAAGGACUGGAUACUUAUUGCCCUCUCAACCAUUAUCUUUCCUGAAUCUAUUAUUACAAGCCUUAACAUAAUUGGAUACGCAGUUGCUCUUUCUGGUGUUGUCCUGUACAAUUAUUUGAAGAUGAAAGAUGGCAAAGCAAACCAGCUUCCAGCAGAUAACACUCCUGAUAGAGCAACAAAGGACAAGAAGGUCUUAAAUAUACACAGGCCUGACAAUUCUAUGGACAACAACGAUGGGACUGUCAUUGGAGGCCUGGCAUCAGAAGCUGCAGUAGUUGAUGAGGAAGCCCCUCUGAUUCCUUCUGCACGCCUCUCCUAUGUUACACGAACCCAAACAGGCAGCUUCAGUAACAGAUGACCAUGCUUUUCCUAUUUUUAUGGGGUUGACCAUCCUAUGUUUUUGUUCCCGGGAGGCUGAAAGAGGUGCAUAAGCUGAUACACACGUGUGAAAAAAGCUGUUUUCAAAAGCUCUGGCGAGUAGUCUUUCAUGCACCUCUUCUCAUACCAUGUGACUUGGAUGUCCCUUUUGCUAGGCAUGGAAUUUUUCGGGAGAUACCUGGGGGUGAAGUAGAGAAGUUGCAGAGGUAGGUCAUAACUUUUGAUUAGUGUUUGGAGAAAUUUGGUAGGCCGUGUGUUGGAUAUACGUUAUUUCUUAACCCAGCAUAUGGAAAUACUGUCAAAUUUUUUUAUUAGUGUUUGGAGAAAUUUGGUAGGUCAUAACUUUUGAUUAGUGUUUAGAGAAGUUUGGUAGGCCGUGUGUUGGAUAUACGUUAUUUUUUAACCCAGCAUAUGGAAAUACUGUCAAACCAUAGGUGUUGUAAAGCACUCUAUAUACUCUAAUUUGAAUUGUAGUUUUGUUUCCUUUUC